AUGGCCCCAAUAGAUUCAACUCCUGCCGUCCCUGGCCAAAAGAAACCUGUCUCGGCAAUCAACUUGGCUAUCGGAGCAGGUCUAAACAUGUUUGAAGUAUCAACUCUAGGCCAGCCAUUCGAAGUCCUAAAGACCCAUAUGGCUGCUUCUCGUGGAGACACUCUGCUAGGGGCUAUUAAAAAGACAUACCAGCGUGGUGGUGUCUUUGGCUUCUACCAAGGCUUGAUCCCUUGGGCUUGGAUUGAAGCUGCUACAAAGGGUGCUGUGUUGAUGUUUGCUGCCAGUGAGUUGGAAUACCACUUUAUGACUUAUGGAUUCUCGGGUCCGGCUUCUGGUAUUCUAGGCGGUAUGGGUGGUGGUAUUGCUCAGGCAUACACCACCAUGGGGUUCUGUACAUUUAUGAAAACCGUCGAAGUCACCCGUCACAAAGAAGCCGGCGGUAAAACAACAAUCCAAGUCGCCCGUGAAAUCUUUGCCCGUGAAGGAAUCCGUGGUAUAAACAAGGGUGUCAACGCUGUCGCCGUCAGACAAUGUACCAACUGGGGUUCUCGGUUUGGGUUUACUCGUAUCGCCGAAGACGUUACUCGAACAAUGACAAACAAGGAAAAGGGCGCUCCAUUAUCUCCUCUGCAAAAGAUUAUGGCUUCUGCUGUCGCCGGCGGCAUCAGUUGUUGGAAUCAGCCUAUUGAAGUCAUUCGUGUUGAAAUGCAAUCGCAAAUCAAACAGGUUGGAAGACCUGAGAAGAUGACUAUUGCAAAGGCUGCUGGUUGGAUUUAUAAGAAUAGUGGGUUUAUGGGAUUCUAUCGUGGUGUUACUCCUCGUAUCUGUUUGGGUGUAUGGCAAACUAUUUGCAUGGUCUUUGGUGGAGACUCACUCAAGGCCUACGCUGCUGCUCGUUCCAAAAAGUAA